UAUUGGGCGGGGUUGUGGGUAUGGUCGUCAGACAAACGUGGUGCUUAUGCGGUAGGCUAAAUAGACCGAUGGGGAUGUUCAAUGCAGUCGUCCCAUUUUCUGACUUCAGGUCCGUUAUAUCCAAACACCUUGGUCCUUCUCGAAACUUUAUUGACUUCUCUUACUACGACGAUACUCUCGCGAGAUGUGAGGAGGAAUCAACGCUGCUCUCCCUCUGUGAAGGACCGACUCCCAUUGGUCGAUACCGAUCAUGCGCAGUAGUUGGACAUGGCGCAACAUUUUCGAAAGGCAGAUGUGAAGGGGCCAUUAGUAAACACGACUUCGUCAUCAGAUGUAACCUUCCUCUAAACGACGAACAUUACACCAAUUACCGACAACAAACAAAUCUUACAAUCGUAGACUUUGAAACAUUGAGAAAGUUGGACGAGAGUAUCUUACUAAGAAAUAAACGUACAAAGAGAAACCCGCUUGCAGAUCUGAAUUCUCCGUCACUAUUAAGCAAGCUACAAAAGUUACAGACACUUGUGAUCGCAUACAUGGGAGAUUUCGAACCAUAUGCGUUUGGCGCUGGGAAGGCGAAAGAUGAAAUGUGCUCCAACAUCAAUGACGACAUGAAAGCACAGAACAUACGAGCAACGCUGACAUUCUCCGUGGAACCAUUAAGGGACAUCAGCAGAAGGAUAUUGCGAAGGUUCAACAUCAGACUACAAGAGCCUCCGUCCGCUGCUCUGAUGUCGGUCCUACUCGCUCUGUCCUUCUGUGAUUCCGUCUCUCUCUAUGGGAACACCACGUCUGGCAAAGACUUCCAUUACAACCAAGUCAAACCCUUACAUUUCCGAAAUAGACAGUAUACGGUGGAAGACGAAUCUCACUUGCUGCAAAGGCUACAUAAUCAAGGAGACAUCAAAUUACUUGGAUUCUGCAAGGAUUCUUAAGAUAUAGUGCAUAGAGCCAAUUGAUCGCAAAGUUCUUAGUACA